AACCAACGUGAUUGAGCAUGCCAUCCUUACGGGGGAUCACCCACCCAUUAGCUGCGUCCCUUAUUGAUAAUCGUCAGCCCAACGGGCGGCCGCGUUUCAGCGAAUCAAGGAAUUUGAGGCUAAUGGAUGGAUCGAACCUGCAAUAGGACCUUGGUCGUUUUCUGUAGUAAUCGAGCCAAAAAAAGGCCAGAGGGAUUCGCAUAUGCAUCGAUUAUCGGAAGCUAAAUGAUAUCACGAUCAAAGAUGUCUAUUGUGGUUCCCCUCACGAAUCUGCUGAAAAAGGAUCAGCCGUUGAUCUGGACGCCAGAGUGUGAUCAGGCGUUCUCGAAGCUCAAGGCAGCCCUUAUUUCGGCCCCGGUCCUUAUAAGACCGGAUCCUGCGAAACCUUUUGUCCUCAUCACGGACUGGCAGCCGGAGGCAAUCUCAGCGAUCCUGGCGCAAGUGGGACCCGGUGGACUCGAAUGCGUGGUGGAAUACGCGUCUAAAUCGGUGCCUGCUUGCAAACGCAACUACGCCGCCCCGACAGGAGAAUGCUAUGCGGCUCUGUGGGGAAUCAGCCACUUUCGAGCCUAUUUGUAUGGGCGGAAGUUCACAUUGGUCACCGAUCAUGAGCCAUUAUUAGUCCUGAAGAAAUCGAAGGAUUACUCGGGCAUGAUCGAGAGGUGGGCAACGGUGCUACAGAGCAUGGACUUUGACAUUCGUCCUCAGAAGCACGAGAGGCACGGGAACGCUGACGGAUUGAUACGGCUGCACCGACCCGAGAAGGUCCUCAAGAGCGAGGAGGUGAUUUCGUGGAACGAGCCGAAGGAGGAGAGCAGACCGCGAUACGGACAAGUGACGUGGACGCGGACUAGUGAGCAUCCUGCGUGUAUCGAGUACCUGGAGCUGUUGAUCCUGCAGGCUUGGAGAACGGACGUGGAAGGUGAUCUUCCUGGUUUCCUCUUUGGAUCGGUGCGGCCGGACCAUCGCCAACCGAUUACUAAAGAACUCGUCAUUCCGCUCGUGCAACUGGCUGACGAUCUCUCCCUUGAUAUCGUUUCGCAAAGCGACGACAGUCCUGCUCCGCAUGUCGUCACAUGGACAUUGGCGUCGUAUCUUCAGUGGUCUGCGUGCUUGGAAGAACCCGGGAGUGACACCACUUUACCAUCGCGGCAGGAGUAUUUGAAGCCGUACGGGAUUAUCGAUCGCGCCUUCUAUCCGAGGGAAGAGCCUGAGGAGGCGCUUGAAGGAGAAGAGGAAGCCACUGAAGAAAAGGGCGAUGCUGACAAGGAAACGUCGGAGGAGGGAAGUUAUAGUGAGUACAGCGAAGGGGAGCAGAGUGAAGAAGAGGAGGAGGUAGAAGAAGAAGAAGACGAAGAGAAGGAAGCCGGAUCGGAGUGGGAGGACUUGCCAGAAGAAGCGGCGCGCACCGACACGGAGGCGGAAGAUCCCGAAGCGGCACGUAGAAGGGAAGAGAUCGCCGCCGAAAAAAAACAGUUGGAGAUCGCCAGCGGGGCGAGCUUGUGCAUCAACGACGAGCCAACCAGGGAUCCAGAGCCCCCCGAGCCCGAAGAUGGCGGAUCAGCAGCCACGGCUCCAAGCGCAUCGCGACGGAGACGGAGCGGAUCCCCCUCCGCCUCCAACCCAACCCGUCCUCCAGUUCGUCCACCACUGUGGGAUUCCGGUUCUCGGGGCGACUUCAUUCACCCACGUGUGGUGAAAGAAGCCCGCUUACCCACGACACGGUCUCCGACUCCCAUCUCCAUCACCCUAGGCGAUGACAAGACCCAGCGCUUCUUCGAUCAGACGGUCACCGACCUCCCUUUCUUCCUCACUCUCGAGCCGACCGAUCGUCCCGCGGCGUCUCGUCACCACCGUUCCUCUGCACAUUUCGAUGUGAUGGAGACGAGGUAUGAUUUUAUUCUCGGUACUCCGUGGUCUCGUCGGUUCCGCAGCACCGAGGCCGAUUGGGCGACCAACACUCUCGUUCUCAAAACGAAGUGUGGACAGACGUAUCGCGUACCUUUCAUAGGUACCACUGCGACACCACGCCCCGAUCCUCCUCCCCCGGAGCCUUCCGUGCCCACACCAUCUCCUACGAUCACUGUCACCUCGCCUCGGCAGUUCGCUCACUUCAUCCGACAGAACGACGUCACCUUCUUUAUGAUGAACGUUACAGAUCUCUUACUCUAUGAUCCACCCUGUCUCGAUGUUGAGCUCAUCCCUCUGGAGCCAGAUCCUCCUUCUAUCUCCAUGGCUCCCAUCUUUCCUUCCUACCCUCCGUCGUCCGUCGAGUCCACCCCGCCAUCGCGCGCUGACGUUGACGGUGAGGAACUCGCACGAUAUACGGCUGACCUGGAGCCCGCAGUUCGUGACCUCGUUCGAGAGUACCACGACAAUUUCCCAUCAUCGUUCUCGUACGCCGAUAUCCCACCGAUGCGCGACGUCGAACACUCCAUCCUGCUUGUGCCUGACUAUCCGGAUGAAACUCUCCGUCUCUGCAUCGACUAUCGGGGUCUCAACCGCUACACGGUUAAGAACAGUUACCACAUGUCUCGUUCCGAUGAGUUGUUCGACCGCUUAGCAGGCAACCGCUUCUUUACGAAGAUUGAUCUUCGUAGCGGUUAUCAUCAGAUCCGCGUCGCUGCAGCGGACCAGCCGAAGACAGCGUUGGGAUCGCGCUUCGACCACUACGAGUUUACGGUGAUGCCAUUCGGCCUCGCCAACGCACCCGCUACCUUCCAGAGGGCGAUGAAUGACAUCUUCAGGGACAUCUUGGAGCAGUACGUUCUAGUCUACCUCAACGAUAUCCUGAUCUACAGUCGUACCCUUAAGGAGCACCUCAGACGCCUCUGUGACGUCCUUGACCGCUUGCGCAGACAUGGCUUCUAUGCCAAGCUGAGCAAGUGUCACUUUGCCCAGCACAAAGUGGAUUUCUUAGGACACUACGUGUCUGACCAGGGUCUCCACAUGGACGACGCGAAGAUCACUGCUAUUGCGGAGUGGCCCGUCCCCACAUCCGCCAAGCAUCUUCGCAGCUUCCUAGGCCUCACGAGCUACUAUAGUAAAUUCAACCAGGGAUACGCUAGGUAUUCUUACGUCCUUACCUCCACCCUUCUCGGGAAGAACCCGCCAUGGUCUUGGGCACCCCUCUACGAGGACGCCUUUCGCGCCCUCAAGAAGGCGGUGACAUGUGCACCGGUUCUUCACCUACUCGAUUUUGAUCGACCUUUUAUCCUUACCACCGAUGCGUCGGACUUUGCUGUAGGAGCAGUACUUUCUCAGAUUUUCCCCUCCUCUCCUGAUUCCUCUUAUCCUCGCAUCCCUCGCUUCCCACCUCCUAUCCCUACCACUGCUUCCCGCCUGAUGCCUCCUCGUCCAACUACUAACGAGCCUUCUAUUGACUAUUCUCCUACCAUCGUCGAGGACGACACUAUCGAGUCUCGCUCAUGUCAUUGGCAAUCCAUCUCAAUGGACUUUAUCGGUCCUCUUCGUCCUCCGACCCUCCGCGGUCAUGAUGCUAUCCUAGUCCUCGUCGACCGCUUCACAAAGCGCGCACGCUUUGUUCUGUGUCGCUAUGCCAUCAGUGCACGUGAGGUCACCGACAUCGUGUUUGACCAAGUCAUGUGUGACCACGACUUACCUCUGAGCAUCAUAUCUGACCGUGACCCGCGCUUUACCAGCCGAUUCUGGCGACGGCUCCACGAGGUGUUCGGAACCCAGCUCCACUUCUCCUCGUCUUACCAUCCCCAGACUGAUGGUCAGACCGAGGUCACGAACAGGACUCUCGGAAAUAUCCUCCCAAAGAUUGUUUGUAACAACCAGUAYUGGGACCUCCAUCUUGCCCACGCGGAGAUAGUCUACAACCACGYCGUUUCGCCAACCACGGAGAUGUCGCCUUACUAUUGCGACCUCGGCUAUCACCCUCGUGUUCCCGCGGACUUCCUUCGAUCGUCACAGUUGCACCCCGACACGAGUUGUCCCGCGCUGGAURAUUGGGUUGCACACAUGACGUCGAUCAUGCAGACCGCGCAUGAGCACAUAGCCGCUUUCCAGACUCGCAUGGUCGCACGUGCGAACCGAUGGAGGAUGAAUCAUUCAUUGAAAGUCGGUGAUGAUGUGUUUUUCGACGCUCGCCACUUACAACUUGAAGCGGACACGCUUCGCAAGUUUCGGCGUCGGUUCUUUGACCCAUGCCGCAUUCUCCAGGCCGUUGGUUCUGAUACAGUAUCUAGCCCGGUCAGCUUUCGUGUGAAGUUGCCCGACUACCUACACCAGGCUCGUGUACACGAUGUCUACCACAUCUCGUUACUGCGUCCCUACCGCAGAUCGUCCGAGCGUUUCGUUGGACGACCAUACGAGCACCCUUUACCCAUCAUGGUGGACGGCCAUGAGGAGUUCCUCGUUUCAGACAUCAUUGGUCGUAGAGUCACCGACGACAACCCUCCUCACGUCGAGUAUCUCGUACGUUGGAAGGGUUACCCUGAUGAAGAGGUUACUUGGGAGCCCCUCGAGCACUUGCAGCACGUUCGCAUGUUGGUGCRUGCCUAUGACCGUGCUCGUCGUGCUGGGUUCACUGCCCCUCCUCAACCCACUGACCCCGUUCCUUCUCCCUCGGCUGAGGAGACCGCUGAAGUCAAGCCUGCUCCAUCUGAGGCAGACCUUCAGCAACAGCCAGAUGCUUUUAAGCGUCUCCCGGAGUGCGUAAGAACCAUAGACUGCACCCAUGUGUACAUCGAGAAGCCUGCAGGUCAGAGGGGGGAGUGUUUCUAUGAUCACACCGACCAAUUCUCUGUCGUGCUGCAGGUGGUCUGCGACCAUCAGUGCCGAAUUCACAGUGUUUUCGUGGGUUGCCCGGGGUCUGUUCAUGAUAGUCGGGUGCUGCGAGUGUCUCCUCUGCAUCGCGAGGCGCAGCGCGGAGGUGGGGUGUUCAACACGGGCGGGGAGGUGCUGCGUGGUGGCCGCACAAUUGGCAGGUACUUGCUCGGCGACGCCGGCUACCCGCACUUGUCGUGGAUUAUGACUCCGGUUGGGGGCAACAGCAGUAACGCGGUUGAACAGGUGUAUGAUGAUUGUCACACGUCCGCACGGUCGUGCAUCGACCGCGCUUUCGAAAGAUUGAAGGUCGUGUGGAGGAACUUCAUCAGGACACAGAUCGCGAAUAUGAAAACCCUUUGCAAAGAGUUUGUGGCCAUUUGCAUACUUCACAACCUGAUGGUGCAUGACAGGGUGCAGGUGGAUCCUGAACUGCUAUCCGACGACAGUGAUAGUGAUGGUUGUGAUGUGCAAAGCCGACGUCGGCGACGGCGUCCAUGUCCGCAAACGCGGCAUGCACCUUGUCCGCCCCCUCCAGAGGAAGACGCAUCAUGUGCUAUUGAGUUGGGGAACGAAUUGAGGGAUUGUCUCAUCAUGCAUGUCUGGCAUCACAGUCGUGUUCACGGGGCUCCUCCGCUGAACCCUUCGCAGCGAUGGUGGUCUGCGACCAUCAGUGCCGAAUUCGUUUUCGUGGGUUGCCCGGGGUCUGUUCAUGAUAGUCGGGUGCUGCGAGUGUCUCCUCUGCAUCGCAAGGCGCAGCGCGGAGGUGGGGUGUUCAACACGGGCGGGGAGGUGCUGCGUGGUGGCCGCACAAUUGGUAGGUACUUGCUCGGCGACGCCGACUACCCGCACUUGCCGUGGAUUAUGACUCCGGUUGGGGGCAACAGCAGUAACGCGGCUGAACAGGUGUAUGAUGAUUGUCACACGUCCCCACGGUCGUGCAUCGACCGCGCUUUCGGAAGAUUGAAGGUCGUGUGGAGGAACUUCAUCAGGACACAGAUUGCGAAUAUGAAAACCCUUUGCAAAGAGUUCGUGGCCAUUUGGAUACUUCACAACCUGAUGGUGCAUCACAGGGUGCAGGUGGAUCCUGAACUGCUAUCCGACGACGGUGAUAGUGAUGGUUGUGAUGUGCAAAGCCGACGUCGGCGACGACGUCCAUGUCCGCAAACGCGGCAUGCACCUUGUCCGCCCCCUCCAGAGGAAGACGCAGCAUGUGCUAUUGAGUUGGGGAACGAAUUGAGGGACUGUCUCAUCAUGCAUGUCUGGCAUCAAAGUCGUGUUCACGGGGCUCCUCCGCUGAACCCUUCGCAGCGAUGAUGCAAGGGGGGUUGGCAAUACAAAUUUUGAGCGGUUGGCCAGUUUGUCAUUCUCGGUAGACGUUGACUCGAUGGAUGCUUCUGUGUGUGUGUGUGUGUGUGUGUGUGUGUGUGUGUGUGUGUGUGUGUGAGUGUGUGUGUGUGUGUGUGCAUCCAUUUCUAUGCAUUCAACCCCCACGACUAGAACCAUCAAAGCCCCCAAAUCCACCCUCUCACCAUCCACGAUGCCACCGUCAUGCUUGCGGCCGAUUCAUUAAACAUGAAGCAAACGAGCAGAAGAGGAAUCGGAAUCACGAAGAACUAAGGUCUGAACAGAAAAGCACACAGGACUAGGCACCUCACACGACAACAUCCAACUGAAAUGCGUUGUCCACGCAAAUAUCGAAGCCCAUCACAGAAUGAAACAUGUUCCCACGA